AUGUCGUCCAACGCCAUCGUCGAAAAAUCUUCCACGACAUGGCAGGAUACGGUGCAGACGUUCGUCAUGGACCUAGACCCGGCAUCGCGCGCCGCAUUCAAAGCGCCCGCGACCCCCAACGACUGCAUUGACGUGCUCUUGGCGACGCAGCGCCGCAGGACUAGGCUAACCCGGAUUCUGUCCCUCAUGAACCCGGCCAUUGCUCCGCUCAAACGGUUCGAGAGCGCCAUCGAUGUUAUUGUCCAGGUCAACGCGGGUAUAGCUUCCCCAAUAUGGGGUCCGCUUAGAAUUGUCGUGACGCUCUCCGCAGAUCAUUUCCGUACCUUGGAGAGCAUCGCCAUGAUCAUCCAUAAAAUCAUCAGCUCAUUGCAAAGGUUCACCAAGUACGAAGAGCUGUUCCAGAAGAACCAGCUGGUGCAAGACGCCAUAGGAGCGCUGUACUGCGAUUACCUGGACUUUUGUGUGCGCAUCACUAGGUUUUACUCGACGUCGUCACUCCGCUCCUUCUUCUCGUCCUUUGACAAGGAUUUCCGCGACAUUUCGGAGAGCAUCCAGCUGCACAGCCAGAAUGUGGACUGGGCAGCCCAGACGGCACAUAUCGAGGAAAUUCAUCGAGAAGUGGGAGAAGCUAAGGCACAAAGACGAGCACACGAGAGAGAAAACAUCCAACGAUGGCUAUCCCCCGCGACCGUGGGCGACGACCUCCAGAAACACCUGAGUGACUACUUAUUUCGGUCAUGUGACGGGCUUUUAACCUCGCCCGAGUUCCAGUCCUUCGUCUCGCCCGGCGAUCUCAAGGCACCGCAGAUCCUCUCUUUGCAAGGGUUGCCGGGAAGUGGGAAGACGACGGCAGCGGGCUUCAUCAUAAACCACCUCAUGACUAAGGGAUUCGAAGUGCUAUGCUUCUUUUUCAAGGCGAACGACGUGGAGAAGCGGUCACUGCUGCACUGUCUUCGGUCUAUUCUGUCCCACUUACUCCGGCUAGAAGAGCAUCUCUACGAGUUGGUGGAACCGGUGUACCGAGACAGCGGCCGCGCGGUGGCCGACUCGCUAGUCGAGGUGCAGCGGGCUCUGUCCGCGGCCCUGAAACACUCCAAAGCGAACCCGUUGUUCAUAGUGCUAGAUGCACUGGACGAGUCGUCGAAUAGUAGGGAGAUCACGCAAUGGGUUACUGCGCAAGUUAGCAGCAACGUGCCCCCGUGUCUUCGAAUCCUCGUCACCUCUCGUCCUUCGCUGUCAUUUUCGCGAUCUUCCAACCUGCGUUUGGCCUCCCUUAACAUGGGGAGCUGCGAGACGGACAGUCUUAAGGAGUACAUACAUUCCCGCGUGCAGGAAAACCCAAUCAUCCGCGACACCGAAGUCGGGAACCAGAUCGCGGCCUGCGUCGCAUCGGCCGCGAGCGGGCUUUGGCUGUACGCCAAGCUCAUGAUGGACGAUAUCGACAAGCUUCCCUCCGUCGGACAGAUUCAAAAACAGCUGAACGUGUUGCCCCGGGGUUUUACGGAGCUAUACACGCAAAUAAUCCGCACGGCAGAAGCGACCCUCAGUCCCGUUGAACUAAAACUCGCUCAGCAACUCCAUCUGUGGAUCGAUACGGCGGACUACCUCCCGAAAUUCUUGGUCCUAACGGAUGACAGGCUGAGCCAUAGGAUGCUGGAGCUGAUAUUCCAGUAUGCGAACGACGGCGAAGCCGUGCACGACCUCGCCUCGCAAGCGAGCCGGGUAUCGGGGCCCCUCGUCUCGGUGCUUAACCCCGACCUCGACGCGCAGAACACCACCCCCACCCCCACCCCCACCACAACUGAGCCAUGGACCUUCGAACUCGACUUCAUCCACCAGACCGCAGCGCAGUACCUAAGCGAAAGCAGCUCUUUGCCCGUCUCCCAGCUCCCCGCCACCCUGCGCCCACGGCGUCUGCGCCACCUGCACCGCGCCGCCGUCGCCAUCUGGUACUUCACCUCGAGUCCCGAGUCCGCAGCGCUGCUCCUGGACCUCCAACAGCAGCAGCAGCAGCAGCAACAACACCAGCGCGACGGCCACUGCUCCCCGCCCUCGCUCAUCUGCUACUUCGAGAUGGCGUACGGCCUCUGGACCGCGCUGCAGCUCGACUCGCCCCCCUCCCCGCAAGACGCGCGGGAGGCCGGGGCGCUGCUGCGCAAGCUGACGGACUUCAUCUCCGGCCCGGCGUGUCUGCGCUGGGUCGAGUGCGCCAUCAUCAUAAACUACCAGGGGAAGUUCCCGCACCUGCUGUGGAAUGCGGUCAACGCGUGGAAGAUUGCGGCCGGGUGUCUUGAGGACAACGAGCGCCAAAAGCAGCAGCAGCAGCAGCAGCAGCAGCACCACUACGAUGACUUCCAUCAUCAGCAGCAGGACCAUGAGCAGCGGGAGCACCACCAGGAACAGAAAGAGUUCCAAGCAUACACGGACUUCUCCGCCGCGCGCGUCCGCUUCUGCCGGAACUACGGGUUCGUGCUCGCGGCCACGGGCGUCGGCGCGAGCUCCGCGCCCCGCGAGAUGCUGGAGUCGGCGCAGGAGGGGGGCGCGUUUGUCAGGGAUCCGCUGGCGGUGACGAUUCUGCAGCUGGGGAGGCGGUGGCGGAGGUUGGCGUUUCCGGGAUCGGCGAGUGGGGUUGGGGAAGACAUGCAACUCAUCAACAUCCUCCUCCUCGCCUCUGCAGCCGUAGGCAGCGUGAUCCCCCUCUCGGCUCGGGACGCGCGAAUGAUCUUCAACCCUCCCACUCCCAUGCCCACGCCCACGCCCACGCCAGUACUAAACGACAGACGAAGCACCGCGGCGACGACGACCGCUGAGCAGGCGCUGAAUAAGCUCGAGAACUGGGCGCGUGUACAGGAGGAUAGACGGAAGGCGUGGGAGGAGAAGAAGAAGAACUAA